UCAUUAUUGAAGCUUUCUGUGCUGCCUUUCAGAGGCUUUUACUUAUUCAUUAUUCUCAGGGAGAGCUGCCAGUAGCAGCUUCUGAGCUCUUCAGCGCUUUAGACUACAAGCUGUGACCGUUGGGUGGAAGACUUGCUCUCCUGUUAGUAACCCCUGGCUGUAAAUUCUACAAGGACAGCUUUUUUUUUUAAUCUUGCCAGUCCAGCUGGGCAGUGCUUGCCUGAGUUGACAUGGACUGUUGAAAAGUACUGGUUGACGAGUAAGAGGAAAGGAAAGAAAGAGAGAAAGAAAGAGAGAGAGAGAAAAAAAAGACAGACUGGACUCUCUCUCUCUCUCUCUCUAGUACACUAAAAGGAACCCAAUUGCUGUUCCCAGUCCUUAUCAGCACCCAAAUCAGAGUCUGCAGUAGGUAAAGCUGGGAAGCAGCAGCUUAUCAGUGCUGGUCGUGUGGCCUCUUUGUGUACAGCAGCUGCUAUUGAAUGCCUGGGCAAACACUGCAGCUCAGCCCUGGGUAGUUAAACACAGACCUAAAGGAACACAGGAAAUACAUGUACCUGUACUUUCUCUAAACCAGGGAUUUAAACCACUUUAUAACCCAAUCCCCAGGGUUACACCUGCGCAUUGCUCACCCUCAACCGAGUUAAGGCUAAGUGGGUGUAGGAAAAAAAAACUUAAUACUUAAAAAAGAGUGGUUCAUUAACUGAGAGGCUGUUGUUGUUAUUAUUAUAUAAAAGAAAAUGGAUGUACGUUUCUAUCCAGCUGCUCCGGGCAACACUAUUCCCGGAGAUCCUUCUAACCUGGACCUUUCCCAAUGCUUGGGAUACUACAGCUACAACAAGUUUGCAGGCAACAAUAACUACAUGAACAUGACAGACCCAAGCCACGCUUUUUUGACCAGCACUGAGACAUUCCACACUCCAAGCCUUGGGGAUGAGGAAUUCGAGAUUCCACCCAUUACCCCACCCCCAGAAACAGAUCCCACUAUGGGACUAACAGAUGUGGUGUCAGCUUUUCAAGGCCUUAAUGAUCCACUGCCCUCGCAGGGAAAUGAAUUCACACCCCAUUUUCCACCACAAAGCCUGGAUCUGCCUUCCAUCACAAUAUCCAGAAGUAUUAUGGACCAAGAUGGUGGACUCUUGAACAAUGGCUUGUCUGUGGACCUGGGUCAGACGCAAGUUUCCCAGUACCACCAUGAUCCUACCAUGGGCAUGAGGUCUGUGGUUCACAUGACCGAUGUUAAUCAAACAGGAAGGAUGCAACACAGUCAGCUGACCACUAUUAAUCAAUCCCAGCUGAGUGCACAGCUGGGGUUGACUUUAGGAGGUGCUAACAUGCCACACAGUUCACCCUCACCCCCUGCUAGCAAGUCCGCUACCCCAUCUCCUUCCAGCUCUGUAAAUGACGAUGAUCCUGAGGAAUUCAACAGGGUAAGUGUUGAAAAACGAGCUGCAGGAGAUUCGGGGAAAAAACCGAAGACGCCAAAGAAAAAGAAGAAGAAAGAUCCCAACGAGCCCCAGAAGCCAGUGUCAGCCUAUGCGCUGUUCUUCAGGGACACUCAAGCUGCCAUUAAAGGACAAAACCCAAAUGCUACAUUUGGAGAAGUUUCCAAAAUUGUGGCAUCCAUGUGGGACAGUCUGGGAGAGGAGCAAAAGCAGGUCUACAAAAGGAAAACUGAAGCUGCCAAAAAAGAAUACCUAAAAGCUCUUGCUGCUUACAGAGCCAGCCUCGUUUCAAAGGCUGCAGCCGAAUCUGCCGAAGCUCAGACCAUGCGUUCUGUUCAACAGACUUUGGCGUCGACCAGUCUUUCGUCGUCCCUCCUUAUGAAUUCCCCGCUUUCUCAGCAUGGACCCACCUCGGCCUCGGCCCAGUCUCUUCAACAGACACUGCCGAGGGCAAUAGCCCCCAAGCCGCUGAGGAUGCCCUUGCAAGCCAAUCAACUGGUGUCGUCAGUUAACAUGGCGGCCAGCAUGUCGUCGAACAUGGUGCCCACUCCACCUUCGCCCCAGCUCAGCCCUCCGCUGCAGCCGCAGCAACAUCACAUGCAGCAGAUGCAGCAGCAGCAGUUGCAGCACUUCCAGCAGCAUCAGAUGCAGCAGCAAAUGCAGCAGCAGAUGCAACACCAGCAGAUCCAGCAACAGCACCAAAUCCAGCAGCAGCAGCACCACAUGCAGCAACAGCACCAAAUGCAGCAACAGCAGCAGAUGCAGCAGCAGAUGCAACAACACAUGCAGCAACAGCUCCAGCAGCAGCUCCAGCAGCAGCAGAUCCAACAGCAGUUACAGCAAAUGCAGCUGCAACACAUGCAAAAACAGCAAAUACUGCAACAGCAACAGCAGCAGCAGCAACCCCCACCUCAGCACUCGCCACCUCAGCAUUCCCCUGUCCCAACGCAGUCGGUGGUGGCCACGCAGAUCACUUCGCCAAUCCCCACCCGGUCAAGUCCACAGCCAGCUCAGCAACAACAGCAAUCUCCACUACAAACCCAGGCCCAGACCCAAAUAUUGCCGCAGACCUUUUCACCGUCUCUACCCGAAGUCCAGCCUGUCAUCACCUCUCCCCUACCAGCUCCUGUGGGUGCUACCACUCCAAUACGAUGCAUGAGGACUGGCUGCACAAAUCCACCAAUCCAGAGUGUGGAGUGGGAUAAUGAAUACUGUAGCAGCGGGUGUGUAGUUAACCACUGCAGGGAUGUCUUCAUGGAGUGGGUUGUCUCUCGUAAUCAGAGCAAUGCUGCUCCUGUGAAGUGA